UGUUUUAUAGGUGUUAAGUUUAUUGAAAAAUGUUGAAAUUUUCAUAGCUACGCUUAAACACGAAUUAGGUACCGAAUAUAAAGCGAUGUCUGCAGCAAUACGAUAUCGGAUAGGUAUACCAUCAUAUUUUAAGUAUACGUUUAUCAACAUUUUAUGAAAAUCCACGAGAAUAAAUAGUACCUACAAUGUACCUCUACUACGUAUAUUAUAAAUUAUAAUAUCCAGUAAACAUUAUAAUAUCCAUUUAUAUACUUAUACAUUGAGUUAUUGAAUUUGUGACAAUGAUCGUCAUUGGUGAAUAUAACUACUGUGCGAUCGAUGUAUCUCGUUUAGUAGUAAUUAUUAUUGUCGUACAAGCGUAUUCCGUGCCGUCAACCUCGGCCGUUGACAUUAACCACAGCGAAGAUUAUGAUACAAACAUGUUUAAUUGGAUGGACGACGAAGACGAUGAUGAAGACGACGAAACAGACGACUUACCACCUGUGCUAGUCGACGACAUCGUUUCGGCUGGAAAAAUGGUCGCGUUUUUCGAAAAGUUGAAUUCGCUGCGCAAGCGACGCCGCGAAGACCGUUCGAAAUCAACAAACCAUUAUUCCUCACAACAGCCGUUUGGACUCGAUCGCGGUGUACCUGUUGGAACAGAAUCACUAGACGAGGCUGUGGCGGCGAUGGACUACACAGCAAUAGAAGUCGGAAAUCGCGGCGUUAUCGAAACACGGGAUAAAUCGGCGACAUCAAUAACAACGAGUGGCGAGGAGACGGUGUCAGUGGUGACGAAUAACGACGAUCAUUAUUAUGAGGCUCAGACGACGAAAACGAACUCGGACGGUUACUUGCUGGAUUCAGAUAGACUUCGGGUCCUGCGAGGGAACGCGACCGUCUGGUAUUUACACAUGGGUUUGCGAAGCGCGAAAUGCUUAUGGCGGCAGUAUCGAGAAGCGAUUACCGAACAAGAAACGUUAGCUGUCCGAGACCGAUUCAAUAGUUUUGUCCGUUUCUGGACGUUAGCGGUCGCCGUCUCGGUGAUCGCCCUGUGGUCCGUCUUCGGAUACUUUCACGAGCUGUUCUGUUUUUGCUUCAUCGCGCCGCCAGCCGAAUACGCCAAAGACGUAAACAGAUAUCUGAUGAUGGUACCGCCACACGUAGUAGUGACAAACAAGGGUAAAAUGUUCAAGUACCAGCCAACGGCUGAAGAACGUUUUUUAUGGGAAAGCGCGAAAACAAUCGCAAAUUUCAAAAUAUAAAUAUUAAAUUAAGUACGAUUGUUAAUAAAUUGUUAUUAAUGUUAUUAUUUGCAAAUAUAUUA